UUGGGUGCAUCUAUCGAUUUUCUUUUUCUUAUCGUGCUGUUUGCUGGUAGUGGUGGAAUGCUAUCAUACGAUUGCCGAUUUUGAUGACUAAACCAGUCCCACCGCACAACGGCGACACAUACGACCAUUCUCUGUCUUACAAAGCACCAAGAAGUAGGGAGUAGGGAGAAUGUGUCAUCGACUAUGCGACAUCGAUGCUAGGCGGGUCCGGCAAAAGUAAAAAAAAUGAUUACGUAACUCAAUGCGGAUUAUGAUGGAUUGGAGGGGGAUUUGGAGUCGGUUUGGCCACUAUCACUGCCAUCUCAUUUGGGUUGGUUUGAGUUUCCAUUGUUUGGGUACGGUUGCUCACGGUCAAACAAAGGUUCACUUUGAAUUCACACCCACAAACCAAUAGCAACCCCCCGGGGGGCUUUUUGAUUUCCCGAUGGACCAUUGGAUAAGCUUACGUUGUAUUGAAAAUCCAAAAGUUCAGCGAUUACAAACUCGAAGAUGUUUACUUCGCUCGAAAACAACACCCAACAAAUGGCGCUGGCCCUGGAAACCCAACAGUUAAGCGAACUGCCGAGAUUUUACAUCAUCCAAUCGCCUGGUGCGUUUAUCAAUGACGAUUGCACUACCUCUCUUGUGUUGGGCCCUUUUUUGGGGUGGACAAAGAUUAAAAGGUAUCAUACAGCAUGAUGGAUAACCUUGACUGCCACGGCACACUCGCGGCUCUUUGCUUUAUCGUUUUGAUCCAGCUGUGGCAGUAACCAAGCAUACUAUCUGCGUGCGUGACUUUGAUCACACGUUCAUCGUGAUGAAAUCUGUCGCAAAGGGUCAAAUGUUUGAUUGGUAAUGUGCCGACGACGAAGAGAGCAUGUUGAUCUAAAUAUUGUGCCAUCCAUUGAGACCGAUUGGUUCAAAUCUUAAGCGUAGAUGUUUCUAGAUUUCUUGUCCGCAAGUUGACUGCCUCGUGAUGAAUCUCGUGACAAGGAAUUUUCCACACCAAAUUAUUUUUUUCCAAUUUCUUUUUUGGGCAUCGCGCAUUGUUCAAACCGCGUGUAUGAGCGCCUAGAUUUAUGCACCGUGCGCGGUGCAAUAUCGUGUGUAAAUCUAGGCGCUCUCAUGGCUUCGAUUGUUUUUUGUGCAAGGGAGGGAGUACAAAAAUCAGAACAAUGCACGGAUCGCUGGUUGAAAACUGAAUUUGAAAAAAAACGAAUUUGGUUUUCCUUGAAUGCUGAACCUUUCAAAAAUUGGUAUGUGGAUGUCAUCCCCCUAGGUUGUGGUGGAGUCAUGCUGCGGAACCAAUAACUUUCAAAUCCCUAGCACGCAUUAAAAAUAGUUAUUAAAACAAUUUGAAACACACAAACGGAAUAGCCUUGUUAUGAGAAAUAGGAAAAUAAGUCACAUUCGCCGUGUAAAUCAGCAACGUAAAUAUGAUCUGGAUCUUCAAAACUGCACGAAAUGGAUCGUUGAUCUCAAUUAUGAUUGUCGUAAUUGGCCUACGUGUACGGUAACCGGGGAUACCCAUUCCUUUUUCUAUGAGAUCAUUGUUUAAUUGUUACAAUUGAGGUAUUUACGAAUUGAACAACAUAAAUCGCGCAAAAGUGACACCGGUCACAUUAAAUCUCCAGCAUUGUCACACAUUGACGAGCAUUGAGUUUUCGGACAUCGUCGUUAACAUCCUUUCGAACGCAUUACUAAGCAUGGCGUCGAGUACUUCGUCUUGUACGGGACUAUUCGUUACUGUUUUCGCCAUCCUGGCGAUCAUUAACUGUACAAUCUCGAUGGAUACGAAGGUACUGUCUUCUGUGAAAUAUCCUGACCGUGUCGUGCUCUCCAACAAAUCGAAACCCUUCACUGUGCGCGUAUCCCGGUUCGUCUGUGUGGAAUCGCCAUAUGAGGAGACCGAGCUGCUGUAUUGCAAAAUACGCCUACGGAGAAAUGAGCCAACGUUGUUCAACAUGUCGAUCCGCGUACCAAAGGUCGUGAACAAAGUGUUUUUGCAGGUGAAGACGUAUUACAAGUACACGACGUACCAGAUUUUUCCAAUCGAUUUGCAUGAAGAAGUUUGUGCCUAUAUGCGACAACCCUCGAACGAUCUUUUCUCGCGCCAUGCAUACUCCGUGCUGAUGGAGACCAUGCCACAGUACAUGCAUCCCUGCCCGCAUGGGAACACUACGUACACGAUUGUAUACUGGCUCGAGGAACGAUUUUUCCCUGACUCCAUGCCAGCCGGUGACUUUCGGAUGGAUUGCUGGUUUCGCGAUGCGAUCAAUCGGACCAUGUUCGCUUACCAGGUGUUUUUCUCGGUUCGUAGAAAGGGUGUCGUACCUUCGAUCAUGGAUUGGUAGUAGCAUCGCUGCUCAGGAGAUACACACACACACACUUUCCACUGUUUAUGAAAAACCCACAUCUAUCCAUCAAUCUCGUUGAGAAUGUUUUAGGAAAAUUGAUUUAUGUACCCCUGGUAUUUCUUGUGAGAUAAAAAUGAAGCAUUAAUAUUCGGUUCUUGGGAAACGAGCGAGAUGGAAACCGCGUCUUUGUCGACCAACCGAUGAUGAUGACCGAUGUCUUCGCGGCGAUAAAAUCCUAGAUAAUCUGCCUAAUCGACUGGCUAAUCUACUGCGAGCGGUCGACAUAAAUCAAACAGGGGAAACCGUAGCGCGUCUCAUCGCGUCGAGCGGAUCUCAAACGUGCUUAGCAAGUCAGCGACAGCACUAGCAGGACGAACGAACCUGCCGCAGUCUCAAGUACACCAGUGAAAUGUGUGAUCUGCGAAGGGAGGUAUCCCAUUGCACAAACUUCACGUCAAACCUCCUCAUGCUGCACACAAGAAGGUGAACGAGCGCGCUUGACCGUGGUGCACCGGAGGGACACAAAUAAUUUCCCACGCCAUGAUAAACAUACCAGAUCGACGCUAAGGAAGCGCGGUCGACCGUUGAUGUACGGAUUGGUGCGGUCACUCUUAGCGGACAGCGACCCACAGAUAGGGACCCACGUUGCUUAAUUGGAGGGCCAGUUGUUGAUGUUCUUGAUACUCAAUUUAGCAAUGGCUUGUGGUUCGCUGUUCAUUUUUUGCGGUUGAUGCAUGUUGGCAGGAUGUCAACAUUCGCCAAGGUUCAUUAGAACAGGGGAAGGCAACGUAGGAAUUUUUGUGAUGGUGGCCCGGUCGAGUGAUGAUGGUUCCGAGAGUGGUGAUGAAUGAAAAUUAAGUAAAAUGUUGAAACAUAUUCGACACUGCAAGAGCUACGCUGAUGGUUUUCAAGGGCUGUACAGAAGCAUUCGAUCGAGGAAUGGAGCAGAGCAGCGAGGAAUAAUGCAGUGUAAGUGAAAAUUAGUGCGCCCGAGGGACAUGUUUGUUGGCGAGCAGAUAGUGGUUAAGUAUAAGCUUCAAAAUGAUAGCAAUUAUAUUAUGUCGUUUAUCGUUUAUUUUUGCCAUAACUAUUCGUUAUCAGAUUGUUAUCUAAUUCACUGACGUUUUGCGAGAAUCCCGGGAAUUCCAACGCAAUCAUGGAAUAAGGUGGGAUUAUUGUUCAUAUUGGUCGUCCUUGGCAUUCACAUUCGGAGGCCUAUCGAGCCUUCAAACAUCGCAUUUGUGAUCGCGUAAUUGCGGGCGCGAUCUUUCAUCACCUCAGCUCACAGCACGGUUCAACUGACAAAUGACUGACAUAAAACAAACAUAAUUGACUUGGAUCAUAUUUUAUAAUGUUCGAAGCGCAUCCCUCGUCUCGGUCCGGUAGGGAUCGCAUGAAGGGGACACUAAUACGUAUAGGGAAGGGCUGGGCAUAUGCAUAGGAUGGAUGAAAUUUGUGGCAUUGUGUCGAGGUAGUUAAUGACAUUACCAUGCGAGAUUCAUCAUCCACACAGAUGUGUUGAAUAUCUGAUGGCGUGAUUUGGCGCAAAGAGAGACUAAAACCAUUAGAUAGAUAAUCGAUCUGAACAAGCUCAUGAAUAUCUCAGUACAUUAGCAUUGCUAGCGUGUUUAAUGUGGUAUUUGGAAAAGUACUUUAAUGAAAGACAUUAUCGUACCAUUAAAUCAAGUCGACUAAAAGCCAUGGACUGAUUGGAGUAACUUUUUGAUGCUGCCAUUGUUGGCGUGCUGUCCGAACAUUUUUCGUUUAAGUUAUGAUUGAUAUCACACUGCACGUUUCGCGAUACAUUUGCACAAAUCAUCCUUAUCAAAGGAGUACAAUUUACCAUCACAAUUCUUCACCGUUCUACCCUUCGAUCGUCGGGCUUGUAUCAUAAAGUAGACUGUUGAGUAAUGUAGAAAAAAGAUAUAUAUUCUAAAGGCCACCACGGUUACUAUCAAGAAAAACAAUCCAAUACAUUUCUCACCCAAAUAGAAAUUUAUAC